CAACAUGACUUUGAACGGGACACGCCAUGGAAAAUUGAAAAUUCAUCGAAAACUAGAAAUGGGUUUGGUCUUGGCUUCGAAAUUGGUUGCAAAUUUGUAAUAGUUGAGAGGAGAAAGAAGAGAGAUCUCCAUGGCUCAAACUCAAUCUCCAUGGAUGAGUUCAUUUCGAGGGCUUUUGUUGAUCCCCACUUGUUUGGCUCUCAACGCUCUGAUUUUCAUCGUCUUUUACAACUCCUCUGGGUCUGCCCCUAAUUUUGCCUCCGAAUCAGAAAUAAUCCAAACUCACCAGUUUCAAUACUCCGCUUCGGAUCAUCCGCUCAACGUUUCCAUUUCCACUCUCCAGAUUCGCCACAAGGUCACUUUGGAGCAUCGAAAUCCUCCUCCUCUGCCUUCAUUUGGAAGAGCAAAGGGAGUGUUCCACGACGAAGAGUUAUUUAUUGAGGACUACAAAGAAAUGAACAACAGCUUCAAAAUCUAUGUUUACCCUCACAAACGCAGCGAUCCCUUUGCACGUUCUCUGUUGCCAGAGGAGUUUGAGCCCCACGGCAACUAUGCCAGUGAGAGUUACUUCAAGAAAUCUCUUAUCAAAAGCCAUUUCAUCACAGACAAUCCAAAGGAAGCUGAUUUCUUCUUCCUUCCCUUCUCCAUCACUGGCCUCCGUAACGACCGCAGGGUUAGCGUUAGUGGUAUUCCAAACUUCAUUCGAGAUUACAUCUACACUAUUAGCCACAGGUACCCGUACUGGAAUCGAACGGGUGGCACUGAUCAUUUCUACGUCGCGUGCCAUUCUGUCGGGCGAUCCGCCAUGGAUAAAUCGGGGGAAGCUAAGUCGAGUGUCGUUCAAGUUGUUUGCUCUUCUAGCUACUUCUUAACUGGCUACAUUUCCCAUAAGGAUGCCGCUCUGCCCCAAAUUUGGCCUCGGAAACAAGACCCCCCAAAUCUCGCUUCUUCAAACAGGACAAGGCUGGCGUUUUUCGCUGGAGCAAUGAACUCCCCGACGCGUCAAGAGCUUGUUCGAGUGUGGGGUAAGGACUCAGAGAUAUUUGCUCAUUCGGGUCGGCUUAGAACACCUUAUGCUGAUGAGCUACUCAAGAGCAAGUUCUGCCUUCAUGUCAAAGGCUUCGAAGUGAACACCGCACGAGUUGGAGAUUCUAUCUUCUAUGGAUGCGUUCCUGUGAUCAUCGCCAACUACUAUGACCUCCCGUUUGGUGACAUUUUGAACUGGAAGAGCUUCUCGGUCGUUGUAACGACGUCGGAUAUCCCAAGGCUGAAGGACAUCUUGAAGGGAAUUAGUGAUGAGGAAUAUCAAGUGCUUCAAAGUAAUGUGUUGAAGGUGCGCAGACACUUCAAAUGGCAUCCUUCCCCUGUUGAUUAUGAUACUUUCCAUAUGGUUAUGUAUCAACUAUGGCUACGGAGAACGUCGGUUCGACUUCCGUUGAUGGAUUAGAGAUGAUCAAUGAUCGAUCUUGUGAAAUAUAUGCCUGGUUAUCCUUGUCAUUAUAUUAUAUCAUGUUCAUCAUAUUUGUAUGAUAAGUUGUUUCUUUGAUUCACAGUUCUUGAUACUUGCUCUUGAAGUUCAUACAAACUGAAUAGGAUUCUUUGACUCUAACUUGCCUGAAACUCUUACAAAGCAAA